AUUAAAUACAUUCAAAAGAAAAGAAAAGAAAAACGUAGGCCGCGAGCGGAGCCAGAGAAUAGCGAUCCCUCGCGCGCGCGCACGCUCACUCAAGUCUCAACCAAACGCUCAGGAAACGAAAAAAAAAAAAAAAAAAGGAAAAGAAUAAGAAAUUAUCGUCUACAAACUACAUGGCCUUUCACGUAGCUUGCCCAAUUACAUGUCAGCGAAUUUGUUCCUGUUCGCUAGGGUUUCCGGGGAGCCUUCACAGCGCCAAUGCCAGGAUUGACUUUCUGCUCGAUGUUCAUACAAUCGAUCAGUUUCUCAACGAUCCCUCCUCCUCCGGUAUUUCGGCCAGUCCCGACUACGCCGCCGCCAGUAACCACACCUUCCAGGUUCUUGUCCCCAAAGUCGUCGCCCUUCCUUUGGUUUUAUCCGACGGAGGGGUUGUUGGUGGAAAUGCAGUCGACGAGGUCGCGCCCUCCGCAUCGACCCGGAGCAAGCGCAUCGCCCUCCAGAAGAAGGCAGCUGACGCGAUGGUCGCCGCAGAGGACUAUGCCAGGCGGUUCGAGUCCGGUGAUCUUUCGGCGGUGAGUGAGCUUCCUUGCAUCUCAAUUCGAUGUGAUGCCUCAAGAGGUCAAGCUGGGGAAGAUCAGUCCAAUGUGAAUGUAAUGUGUCGUUUGUGCUUUUCUGGUGAAAAUGAAGGUAGUGAGAAAGCAAGAAGGAUGCUUCCAUGCAAGAAGUGUGGCAAGAAGUACCAUAGGAGCUGCUUGAAGUCUUGGGCUCAGCAUCGAGAUUUAUUCCACUGGAGUUCAUGGGUCUGUCCCUCUUGUCGGAUAUGUGAGGUAUGCCUAAAAACAGGAGACCCAAACAAAUUUAUGUUCUGUAAAAGGUGCGAUGCUGCUCACCAUUGUUACUGCCAAAAGCCUUCUCACAAGAAUGUCAACUCUGGCCCUUAUUUGUGCCCAAGGCAUACAAGGUGUCACAGCUGUGGCUCAACUGCCCCUGGAAAUGGCUUAAGCGUGAGGUGGUUUCUAGGUUACACUUGCUGCGAUGCAUGUGGAAGAUUAUUUUCGAAGGGGAACUAUUGCCCUGCUUGUUUAAAGGUAUAUCGAGAUUCAGAAUCAACACCAAUGGUUUGCUGUGAUGUUUGCCAGCACUGGGUGCAUUGCAAGUGUGAUAACAUCAGUGAUGAAAAAUAUCGGCAGUUUCAAGUAGAUGGAAAUCUUCAGUAUAAAUGCUCCACAUGUCGUGGGGAAUGCUAUCAGGUCAAGGGUAUCGAGGAUGCUAUUCGGGAGCUUUGGAGAAGAAGAGAUGAAGCUGAUUGUGAUUUAGUUUCUAGCUUGAGGGCUGCUGCAGGUUUGCCAACCCAAGAAGAAAUAUUUUCUAUUUCACUUUAUUCAGAUGACGAGGAAAAUGGUCCUAUGAGAAUGAAGGAUGAACAUGGACGGUCCUUGAAGUUUUCUCUUAAAGGGUUGGUUGAAAAGUCACCAAAAAAGACUGAGGAUUAUGUAAAGAAAUCGUCGAAUAAAAAGAAUGCCAAGAAAAAAGAAUAUGAGGCACCUUUAGUCGUUAACCUAGAAUAUCAGGAGAGUUUUGAAGGACACAACAAUGCCCAAUCUUUUGGAUACAGCUCGGAUGACAACAACAAUGAUGAUAGGCUGUUCUGCAGAAAGGAAGGUCUACAAAGGGAUUCCUUUCCUGUGGCUGGAAGUCUGAGUCAUAGCAAAGGGAUUUGCUCAAUCAAUCAGCCAGGUGUUAUGAAACACAAAUUUGUUGAUGACGUGAUGGUGAAUGAUGAAGAUAGGGCCCCCAGAGCUGUUCGACUCGAGAAUGUUAAGCCUUAUGGUUUAGAUACUGGAGAAGACUUUGGAAAACAUUCUUGUAAGUCAAAAGAUGUGAGAGGGAAGAAGAUAGUUAUAAGUUUAGGUCGCCGAAAAAAAAAUGUAACCGACUCUCCUAUGUCUGAUGCUUCAAACUGCCAAAGAGAAAAAGAUCUGAUGACCCCUAAAGGAGACAGAACUGAUGGCUUUGGCCAAUUGAAACUUUUGAAGGUUGCCGGGAAAGAAGGAAAUUUGCUAAAAUUGGGAGAAGUUAAACCUGAAACUUCUGAUGUGAAUAUCAAAUUUGGCAGAGGUGGUGCUGAGGCACAUGAAAGUAUUACUCAAGUGCGUACACAAAUGUUAUUGGGAAAGAGAAACAGUGAAGGAAACAUGGCUGCAGCAGGGUCCUUAGGUGAAGUAAGAGGUAGCAAGGAAUUGUUGGGGAAGCCAGCAGAAAGGUCUGAGAAGUAUGAUGAAUGCAACGAUGAUUAUGGCCAGACAACCGGUUCACAUUUGCCAAAAGAUAUCAAAUCCUUGCUGAAGUUCAAACUUCAGAAACCCACUCUUGAAAACCAGAAUUCUCCUCAUCCCGAGGAAGAGAAGAAUUCUAUCAAGGGUCAAAGGUCAAAAAGAAGGAGACCAUCUCCCUUGGAGAAAACAUCAUUUAAUGAAAGUGGUUUGAUGGAUGAGAUCAUGGAUGCUAAUUGGAUAUUGAAAAAGUUGGGUAAAGAUGCAAUUGGAAAGAGAGUUGAAGUUCAUCAGUCAUCUGACAAUUCAUGGCACAAAGGAGUGGUUACCAACAUAACUGAAGGGAAAUCAUUAUAAUAUGUGACACUAGAUGAUGAUAAAGUGAAGACGUUGGAGCUUGGCAAACAAGGGGUUCGCAUUGUUCCUCAGAAGUGAAAGAGAUCGAGAACGUGAAGAGCUUGUUCUUGAUGGGUGUGCAAUAUGUUUGUUUCAUGUUAAAGAUGAAGAGACAGCUCUGUGUUCCCCAAGGUCUGAAGAGGUUCAGCAUUCGUCCAGUCACUUGUAGUAGUGCAGAUAUUUAGCUGCAGGAUUAUGUUAUCCAUCUCUUUUCAAUGUUCAACCU